AUGAAUGAACGCCUUCGGCGAGCAAUAGGAACAAUCGACAGAAUGCCCAGAAAGGACAGGAGAAGGCACGUUCAACUAAUCAUCCAGGGAAUUCUGCAGGAUGCGAACUGCUGGGCAGUUAUCAUGAAUGAACGCCUUCGGCGAGCAAUAGGAACAAUCGACAGAAUGCCCAGAAAGGACAGGAGAAGGCACGUUCAACUAAUCAUCCAGGGAAUUCUGCAGGUGGUGGAUGACUGGCAAUCUUUCUACGAAAUGAUUCUGCUGCUCGAGUGGACAUCGAAUGAGUACCCAACCGAUCCCUUCUGCAAACUUGUGCUUUGUCGGGCGUAUUCUCACAUUGGUAGGUUCAACGUGGGCAUUGUUCACUAUACCGAAAUGGUUGACGUGUACGAACAAGCUGAGAAAGAGAUUAGUGAAGCCUUGAUUGGUGCUUAUCGAAAUGGCGCCUUCAUGCAAGUACCAAAUCUAGUCGCGCUUGCCAAUAAAAUGAAGAGAUCAGCGAUGUCCAUUGCUUCUAAUGAACUGCAUCGAUAUUUAUCAGCUCUUUUUGCCAUUGAUAACAUAGAUGAAGCUGUAAAAUGGGAUUUGUUAUGCGAUAAUAGGGAUCUCACCGUAAUACCGUCUUUCGAGAAAAACAUAGAGAAAGACAUUGAAAGUAUACGGGCAAGCACACAGAAGGAGUUUGUCGAUUUCGCGCGUCUCCGGCACUAUAUUUCUCAAGCAAUUGGUUCCGCUGGUGGAGCAAAAGGCGCAGGCCCGGAAGAACUAGGGGCAGAUUUGACACUCCUCCGUGCCCACUACGAGAACUGCCAGAACACCUAUGAUGGCGAUUUUCCUCAUAGCCGUGUUAUGCAGUCGCCCAGUUCAUUAUACUUAUCUCGUUGGGUACGCGGUGGCUUCGUUGAUCCGAUUGUGUGUCUUCUGCAGUCUGCACUUGAGGUGAGUGUUUUUCGGUUUGUCAGAAAAUCUGAAACAUCAGUUUUUGUAGUUAUUUUCCGCAGGAGAGGCUUGUAG